AUGGGUCAAAGAAUCGCUAAAUUCCGUAGUCCUAAAAAGAGUUCUAAGAAGAAAAAAGUCAAGGGUAAAGUCUGUGCUGAAUGUCGCAAACCAACUAUGACAACGUAUUGGAAUUGGUGUCAAAGUUGUAAUUCCUCUCAUUUUUCUGAUAAUUUUUCGAAUUGGUCUAGUAAUAAUCCUUCUCUAGAUCGAUUAAUUCAAGAAAUUCAGUUACAAGCAGAGUGCAGUGAACAAGUAAUAGAAUGGAUACCUUUUGAAAAGUUUAAGAAUUUUAAAUUUGUGGCUCAGGGUGGUUUCGGUGAAAUAUUUUUUGCUAUUUGGGAAGACGGGCAAAUUUAUAAUUGGGAUGUGAAACGAAAUAAUUGGAAGCGAAGAGGUGAACAUGCUGUUGCUUUAAAAAGAUUGAAAGAAUCUGAAUACUCUUCUAAUGAUGUUUUGAACGUGUAUCCAAUGGUUUCGGAUUUUGGUUUAAAUCUUCAAAAUAAUAGACAAUUUGAUCAAGAAGAAUCUUCAACGCCUGAAGUAUUAAAUGGCUGUUCACACUCUUCUGCUUCGGACAUUUAUUCUUUCGGAAUGAUAAUGUAUGAAUUAUUAACUCUCAAACAACCAUUUCAUGAAAUUCCACAUACUCUCUCUUUAAUUUCAUCUGUGGUAUCAAAUAAUCUUCGUCCUUCCUUAAACAAUGUUCAACAACCUAAAUGUUGGGUCACGUUAAUGAAACAAUGUUGGGAUCCUGAUCCUGCAAAACGACCAACUUGCGAUGAUUUGAAAAUCAUAUUGGAUAGGUGGUACGCUUUGACAUGUACUAAUCUUAUCGGCGAUCGUGUUGAUUUAGAAACUUUAAGAGAAUUUAGAGAUGCUGAAAAUAUAAGAAUUGGAAUGAUAGAGACAAAUGAUGAUGGAAUAUUUGAGACUGGUGAAUUUAAUAGGCAUAAAGAUGCGGUUUAUACUAGUAGAUUGAUUCCUACAAUGACUCUUGUACAAAACUUGGAAAAUAAGAUGACGCGAGAAGAUAUUGAAGGUAUUUUUAAUUUAUAA